AAUAUUUUUUAACAGUGAAUUGAGUUUCAAGGAUAAAUUUAUAUUCUCGGAAAUGUUGUGCUUUGGUGUCAAAUGGCAAUUAUAGUACGGUAACAGUAAAAUAAUUUUUUUUUAAAGUUUUACUUUAUGCAUCUAUAAUAUGGCUCGCCAUAGAAAUGUGAGAAAAGAAACUCAAUAUUCUGAUGAUGAAUAUUAUGAUGAUGAUAAUGAUUACUCACAUUCAUUUGAAGAUGAUUGUAUUUCCCCAAGUGAUGCUAUCUAUUUAAUUAACCACAAACCAAAAUUUGAUUCCAAACAAGAAAUUUUAGAUUCAAAGGUGAAUUCAUGUUUAAGUAAGAUUCGCGAAAUACUGGGAAUUGAACUAGCUAAAGAUGUUGUUGAAGAGCAUUUAAUAAGUAGUAAUUUUAACAUAGAAAAAGCUGUAGAUCAAAUUUUAAAUGCAAAUAUUGAUUCUACAAAAACUACUGAUUUUGGAAAUACUAGUAGAAACAGUAGACCUCCUACAGUUAUUGUUGCUUCUUCAGCAAAAAAUAAAGAUAAUAUUACUGUUGGAUUUGGAAAUGUAUCUAUAUCUGGAUCAAAAAAUAAGAAUAUUUCUGCAACACCUAAACAAACACCAUUUAGCACUCCAAUAUGUUCACCAACUGUUACUCCACGCAAUCGAUCCCCUCAAAAUGUACGAAUAGGUUCUCCUAAAAUUGAUCGCAAAUUACAUUCUCCCAAAACAAACAAAGAUCGUAAUAGAAGUCUUUCACCUGUAAUACAACAUAAAGAUCAACUUUAUUUAAUAAUUAUUGGUCAUGUUGAUGCUGGUAAAAGUACUUUGAUGGGUCAUCUAUUGUAUAAACUAGGCCUUGUACAACAACGUACUAUUCAAAAGUAUGAACAUGAAAGUAAGAAAUUAGGCAAACAAAGUUUUGUUUAUGCUUGGAUAUUAGAUGAAACUGUAGAAGAAAGAAAUCGAGGAAUAACAAUGGAUGUUAGUCAUUUGAAAUUUGAAACUAAAACUAAAGAUGUUACUUUAUUAGAUGCUCCAGGACAUAAAGAUUUUAUACCCAAUAUGAUUACAGGUGCUUCACAAGCUGAUGCAACUAUUUUAGUAGUAGAUUCUACUAAAGGAGAAUUUGAAACAGGAUUUGAUAGUGGUGGACAAACUAGGGAGCAUGCACUUCUUAUUAGAUCUUUAGGUAUUACUCAAAUUGGGGUUGCUGUAAACAAAAUGGAUAUGGUUGAUUGGUCAGAAAGUCGAUUUGAAGAAAUCAAAUUGAAACUUGGUCAUUUUUUGAAACAAGCAGGUUAUAAGGAUACAGAUGUUACCUUUGUACCCUGUUCAGGAUUAUGUGGAGAGAAUCUUGCUACAAAAGCCAGUGAAUCAUUACUUACCUCUUGGUAUAAUGGACCAUGUAUGAUGGAUGUUAUUGAUAAUUUCAAACCACCAGAGCGUGCAAUUUAUAAACCAUUAAGAUUAUGUGUAAGUGAUGUUUUUAAAAGUUCAGGUUCAGGGUUUUCAAUUGUUGGUCGAAUUGAAACAGGGCAAUUAAGAGUAGGAGAUAAAGUGCUAGUUCAACCACAAGGUGAAGUGGCGCAAAUCAAAAGUAUUGAAAUUGAUGAAUUACCUCAGAUGUUAGCAUUAGCUGGUGAUUAUAUUAGUGUUUCAAUAACUGGUUAUGAUGCUCAAACUAUUUAUUCUGGUUGUGUACUCUGUGAUUUAACACAACCUGUUCCAGUUACAAUGAUAUUUGAAGCACGAGUUGUUGUGUUCAAUGUAGAAUUUCCUAUUGUCCGAGGUCAUCAAGUGGUUCUACAUUAUCAAAGUUCAUCAGAAUCAGCAAUUAUUAGUAGAUUGCUUGCUGAGAUAAAUAAAACCACUGGAGAAAUUAUUCGGAAGAAUCCUCGAAUGAUUAAAAAAAAUACACAUGCUCUUAUCAAAAUUGAAGUCUCACGACCAAUUUGUGUAGAAGUUUUUUCAGAUAUCAGACAAUUAGGUCGUGUAAUGUUCAGAUCUGCUGGUACUACUAUAGCUGCUGGUGUUGUUACUAGAAUUAAUAUGAUUAAUAAAUAAUUUAAUAUAAGGUUUACCUUAUAUUAUUACCUUUGAUAAAUUAAAAUAAUAAAUUAAGAUUUUAUUAAUCCAAUAAAACUUUUGUUAUAAUA